AGUUCAGUUUCUUGCCCCGCCGUCGUGUCGAGGUGAACGAUUGCUCGCCUUGACGACACAAAACCGAAUCAUUAAGCGCCGAUCUGGGCUUUCCGACAAGACGACUACGCCCCCCGAGUCGGCAUCUCCCUCCCCGUAUUUGCGCUCCCGGUUACCGUCCGGACCGAUUGCCUCCCCACCUGCGACUCGACGUGCUCUUGACGUACAUACAACUGUGCCGAUUCGUUUACACGACUUGCUUAAUCUCAUGCCGCGACCCGGGAUACAGCUUUGAAACAGAGUUCAGUCUGCUAUGAGUGCGGAUCCGCUAGGUUCCAGUUUUGGUGAUUCAACCGCUCAACCUCCUACACCUAAACGAACCCCGAUAUCCGCCACCUUGCCAAGCCCCAAUUUGGAAACACCCAAGCACGGCCAGGGACGUUUCGACGAGUCGAGCGGGUGGACACCUCGUUUUGCCGAGGAAUACUCCGUCUUCAACGCGACCCCGGGAAAUCUGAGAGGCUCUCGGAUCCCCUUCCCCGAUUUUGGUCCUUCAACCCCAUAUCUCGGUGGCCCGGGUCAGAAACGGCCCUUGUCCAUCGACGGAAUCGGCCUCGGAGUCGCCGUCCAUGGGAACGAGCACUCGCCCAACCCCAGCCUCUCGUUGCCUCCUGUCGAGCCGUCCAAAGUCCUACGUUCAUCCCCGACCCCAUUGACAACCCCGACGUUUGAUCACUCAGACGCCGCUAGCCAAGCCGCGGAAUCCAUCGACCGGUCUGCGAAGAAACUUCGCCGCGUUGCGAUUGUCACAGAACCGCAAGGGCAAACAGCGACCCCUCCUCCCUCAGCCCGCAAGGGUGAGCGUAAGCUUGCGCCCAAGCUUGACACCAUUGCCAUGCAAAAUGACCAGGACUAUGGCCAGCAGGCGCACUUUAUGGCGUCUGCCCAACAACAGGGCAUGGGUGGCUUCGUAACGGCGCAAGGUGACAUGUUUGGCUACCCUCUGUCGGCUCCGGCUGCACCUCCGUAUGGCGCCCAGCGAUCGUUCUGGGAUACGGACCCUGGCCUUGCCGGGAUGGACAUCGACUUCGGCGCCAACGGCGGCGGCGUCUUCCAGCCUCCGACACCUCAUCAGGCUCCGGGGCCCGUGGACUGGGCAGGAACCAACCAACUCUUGCAGGGCCAAGGCGGCAUGGACGGACACGGGGAUGCGUCUGCCGCCGCCCAUCAAGCCAACCUUGGUUCUCAGCCGCCCAUGUCGAUGCUCGUGACUUCUUCCGCGGACCAUUCCAUGUUCGCGGCCAGUUAUCCCACUCCUAUCGAUGACCCCUUCGGGAUGGCCGACGCAGGCGGUGCGGUGAACCCGGGGCUCCUGUUCAGCCGGCCUCAGUCGGCAAACAUGGAAGCCCCCUCCUUCAACCAGCCCGUGCCGGUGCCGAACCAGAACCCAGCGACGGCGCACGGCAGCCAGAUGACCAGUCGGGGACCAUCCACGUCGAAAGCCACUGGGCGGGCUGAGUUACGCCGUUCGGCCAGCGCAAAGGAUCCGACUCCGAGAAAGCAAGAUCGGACUUCGGCAAGCUCUCCGGUCAAGGAAACCGGCCGUCCCGGACUCUCUCGGAGCUUUAGCGAAAGCAGGGGAAAGAAAACGGCGAGCCGGCCAUCUUUGCCUCCGCUCGCGCCCCGGCCGCGGUCUCAGCUGGUAAGCCAUGCGGGCGUUAAUGCCAACAAGCCUGUCAUUUCGCAGCCUCAACGACCGAGUGGGAGGUCGUCGCCGUCCAAAAGUAAUCAUCACCACCGGCUGUCGAGUCUGUCCUCAAUCCCGGAAACAACGGGCCCGGAGAUGAGGACGCAGGCGACCUUCAUGAUUGAUGCCAAUGGUCGUGCGCGGGUAGAAACGACGGUGGUUGUGGUGGAUGAACCUUCGCCGACCCCUUCUAAACGGCACAGUUCGUAUUCUGUAACCAGUCGUCAACAGUGGAACUCGUCGGAUGACGACUCGUCGUCGACGGAUGAUGAACCCAUCAUUAUUCCCAGCAGGAAUACGUCAUUUGCGCUUCCAGACCCUCGGAAACCGACGACGGUUCAUCCCUUCCACAACUCGCAACGAAGCAUGAGCGAACGUAGCACCACGUCAUACACUAGUUUUCAUGGGGGAUCCCAGGAGGCGGGCGACAGUGACGGGGAGACGGUGGUGAAUGAUUUGACCCCGACGCACAAGGCUUCGGGCGACGCGCUGAGCGAGCUCCGAAAGCUACGGGAGACGAGGCAGAAGCAAUCCAGCUCAAAACCGAAGCGCUUUGUUCCGAGUCACUAUCCCAGCCAUCCUUCCACAUCGCCAACGACCAUGAGCGAGUCGAGCCUACCGACGCCGACGAACGAUAGGACGACCCGCGGCGUCCGUUGUGUUUGCAACAGGGCCGAAGCCGGCCGAGACGAUUUGCUAAUUCAAUGUGAAUCAUGCGAGAUGUACGUGCAUGGCCAAUGUGUCAGCAUCACGCACCGAACGGUCCCAUCCAUCUAUAUUUGUGCCUUUUGUGCCAACACACCCAACCUGCGAGGCGGAAGACCCCGAGACAACGGGCGCGCCCCAGGGACAACUGGACCUUCGGGGUCAGGGACGUCUCCACUCGCGCACAAGUCCCUAAAGUCCUUUCGAUGACACGUCUACCUAUCAGGGGUAUAUGAAUAGCUUCU